AAAAACCAAUACUGUUUCUUCGCCGUUGAGAUUUGAACAAAAGGAACAAAGCUGCAAAACCCUAAACCCUCUCUCUCUCUCUCUCUCUCUCCUCACAUGAAAGCUGGAGUUGCAGAAAAUCUCAUCGAAGAACAGCGUAAUCGUCAAUAUGAGAAAGAAGCUUCUCAUCUCAUGCUCCUCCCUCCGCUCAAUUCUCAACGUCACUCCCAAAUCCGAUCACUUGUCCCUUGAGGUUUGUGAUUCUGUUGGAUCAUCAAAGUUUCAGUGGCGUGGAUGGUCACAUGCUGCUGCUUGUGUUCCUUCAGAAACUUCAGAUACCCGCUGGAAAAGAGGACAGAGGGUUCCAAAACAUGAACGGAGAGCUAUGGUGGAGUCUUUUGUGAAUAAGUAUCAAUCAGAGAAUGCUGGAAAACUCCCAGCAAUAAAACAUACCCAGAAAGAAGUUGGUGGCAGUUAUUAUGUUAUUCGGGAAAUCAUUCAGGAACUAGAAUACAAAUCCAAAAUGAAACCUUUAAACAACAUUGGUGAGAUACCAGUGGCAAAGCUAUUUGAUGAAAGUAAACUUAAAACCGCUGAAUCUGUUAGUGUUUCAUCUGGUGAUAUUAAGACUGUCAAAGAUGGUCCAAUCCAAGGUCGUGUUCAACCGGUACUUGUACAUGUUACCCUUGCACCUGAGUUUCUUGAAGGAAAGGAGGGAGGUCCACAGAUUUCCUCUUGGGAGGCAAGGUUGUGUAAUGAAGUUGAAGUCAUCUCCACACCAGAUGAUCAUUGCACCACAUCUGACAGCAAUAUUUCGGAAAAACAUUUUAAGGACUUCUCGAGUCCCCAGAUGCCAAAUGAUGUCAAGACUGAGGAAGCUGUCUCUAGUUUUUCUGAUUCUGUUGCACUAGAAAGUCAGUCGUUACAAUUGGAAGCAGAACAUUUUAGUAGGGGCCAUGAAUCUGAAUUUAUUGACAUGGAAAAUCAUAAAAAAAUGGAGGAACAAUCCAUUAGGAAAGCAAGUUAUGAGAGAAAGGAGCAACAUGCUUUGGAAGACAUGUAUGGUGAAGCUUCCCAUUCUAGUCCUCAGGUGCCAAAUGAUGUCAAGAGUGAUGAAACUGUAUCUGGUUGCCCUUCUGAUUAUGUUGCACCUGCAAGACACCAGCUGAAAGAAGAAAUAGAACAGGUUUUUGCUCCGAUAAUUGAAAAAUCUGGCAGUAGUAGCAACAAAGAUCAAAUCCAUGAUUCUAUGUUUGGAGAUAUAAAAAAUCAUUCAACAAAUGAAAUUAAGAGUCUCGAGAAAGCAGAACUUGAGAGAAAAGUGCAAGAUGGUGCACAAGACAAUCCUGGUAGGGAUAGUCCCAAAAUUGAUAGCUCUAACAAGAGGGAGAGCAGCAGUGCAGUUGCUUCAGACAAAUCAAAUUUGUGGGGAAAUCUGAAGUCAUUUGCAGAUGGCAUCUUAAAUAUCUGGAGAAAGUUAUGAAUCUGCGUGAACUUAUAUGGUGCAGCUUAGCUUGCAGGGAGUUCGGUAUUUUUGCACAACUUUGACUGUAUGUGUAUGGUUCAAAAGAUACGCAACUCUUUUCAAAUGGAGCACAUUUGCAAGAGUUUAUAGUUCUACUAUUCGAUUGCCCCCAUUUAGGGUAAAGUCAAAAGCACUUUGAUUCCCAAUAGAGUAAUUAGCCUCCCAUUGUAAAUGAUUUGUGAACAGUAGAAAAGGAAAUGCAUGAUAUUACAAUUAAAAUUUAGAUCUCGUAAUCAAAUUGUGUUCAUGGAUGACUUUUGUUUACAUGAGUCUGAGCAGAUGAGAAAGAAGGCGUGAAGGUUGCAAAGCAGCCAAGGUUAGUCCUUAGAAAUUACAUCUAUUCACGACUUUGUAUUUUGGAGAGCAUUCAAAGAAUAUUCAACUCACUGAUUUUCAAGGAAUGAUUUUUGUCCCAUGGUCAUGAAGACUCCUAAAGAGGAACCAAAGAUAGUUUUUUGAAAUAUAUAUUUUUUAACUUCCACAUUAAGUAUAAUGAUUGCUUAUCAUCCUAUACUUAUAUUCUAUGCAAACUUGUAAAGCAUGAGCACUAUUUUCUGUGGUUAGAAACUACUGUUACUUUUGGGGCUAAAUCACAAGUCAACAUAGAUGAUGAUGUGGUAUACUACUUAUAUUGCUCACUUUGUACAUUCACAUUAGAAACUUUGAUGUAAUUGGCCUCCCAUCUGCAGUCUCUGAAAUAUUUUCAAACAUUGCCAGAUUAGAA